AUGCUCACACCUCCGCCCGAAGAGAAGACCCCGCCUCCCUCCGAAAAUAAGCUCUCACCCCCGACCGAGAACAAGCGAUCUCACAUCCGAAGUCCGCAUCGCAAGAGUCCCAGCCCUGGAAGGCGCUACAACGGCGAUGGGAAAGGAAUCCAGGUCGACAUCGGCGCUCGCCUUCGCGAGUACGUCGACUGCCUCAACAACCAGAAAUGGGACGUCAUCGGCAACCACCUAGCGGACCAACUCCAGCGCAACGGACACCCCCAGACGCGAGAGGAGCACAUCGCCCGUCUGAGGUCACGCGUGGAGAAUCUCGCCGGCUUCCAGAUCAAAAUCGACACCAUGCUCGUCGACAAGAAGGCCCAAGCCGUCGCGGCUCGCUACGUCAACGUGAUGACGGUGGCAGACGCCAUGAUCGACGUCGACCCCGUCGGCAAGACGACCGAAUUCGACGAGCAGUGUUACCUCUGGUUCAAUGAGAAGGGCAAGAUCUCGAGGAUCGUGACGCUGCAGGACAACGACGGCAUUCGCGCCCAGAACCCGACCGCGGAGAUGACGCCAAAGUUCCUGACGAGGCGGAUGCCGGAGGAGCCGAUUGACCUGGGAUCGCUGUAUCGGGCGUACGUGGCCAGCAUCAACCACCGCACGAUGAGCAGCGAGUUCCCCAGGUUCUGCAGGAAGGAGCUCCGUCACAACAACAGAGCCUUCUCCGUUGAGGAUUACUGGCGCAACAUCGAAUACAGCCAGGACGCAAUCCCCGAUCUGAAGUUUGAGAUCCAGGAGCUGUUGGUGGACGAGGACACCCAGCAGGUGGCGGCGCGAUUGGAACUCUCUGGAACGCCGAUUUCGGAGUUUGCGGGUAUGCGACCGAACGGCAAGCGUAUCAAGUUCCACGAGCACUGCAUGUACCGCUUCGACAAGGGCAAGAUCGCGCUGGUAUGGGCCACGAUGGAGCUUGAUGUGGUUCGUCGGCAACUUGAGGUCAAGACAGAUCGUCGGAAGUCGUCGACGCUGGGGAUCAACUGA